CAGGUGACGACUGGGGACAGCAGGCAGCCUGGGGAGCACGCAUCUCCAAGUGGCUCCACUUGGCGGUGAGAAACUGGGAUGUUGUGCGGUCGGUUCCCUUUCAUCAGUGAUUGAGGACCGCUCCCUGGAACUCCUGGCUGCCCUGGGUGUGUGGUGCGCACUCUGCAGAAGCUGGUGGUGAAAGGCUGUCAGCCUGCGUGGGACUGAGCGCUGAGCCCACACGGGCAGGACACUUACGGUGCUGCCAGGGCGGCUGGGAAUUGCUCACCUCGCAACAAGGACAGUCUCUUAUGAAAUCGCCUGCCGCCCGCGGGGUUGGUGUUAGGCGGGCCUGCUGGUCUGCAGCCAGAGGGCAAGCUUCGCCCGCGGGCCCUCAUCCCUCAGCCGCGGGCUUCGAGGCCUUCGUCGGUCUGUGCAGCCUGGCUGGAUUUCCAGGACCGCCUCGGCCUAAGGAUGGUAAGGGGCCCACGUCCUGCAGAUCAUGAGGUUCCAGAAGAUUCACGCUGCUUCUGCUCUGGAAUUAGCAUCCGCAAGGGAGAGAUAAUGCAUGUGAGAAAACUUCAUAUAUGUUCCUACGAAAGGAGCUUCCUGUGCGCCUGGCUAACACAAUGAGAGAAGUUAAUCUUCUGCCGGAUAACUUGCUUAACCGCCCUUCGGUGGGCUUGGUUCAGAGUUGGUAUAUGCAGAGUUUUCUUGAACUUCUAGAAUAUGAAAAUAAGAGCCCUGAGGAUCCACACGUCUUGGAUAACUUUCUACAAGUUCUAAUUAAAGUCAGAAAUAGACACAAUGAUGUGGUUCCUACAAUGGCCCAAGGAGUGAUCGAGUACAAGGAGAAGUUUGGGUUUGAUCCGUUCAUUAGCAGUAACAUCCAGUAUUUUCUGGACCGGUUUUAUACCAACCGCAUCUCUUUCCGCAUGCUUAUUAACCAGCACACACUACUGUUCGGCGGUGACACCAAUCCUGCGCAUCCCAAACACAUAGGAAGUAUUGAUCCCACUUGCAACGUGGCUGAUGUUGUGAAAGAUGCAUAUGAAACUGCCAAGAUGCUUUGUGAACAGUAUUAUCUGGUAGCUCCAGAGCUGGAAGUUGAAGAAUUCAAUGCCAAAGCUCCAGACAAACCUAUUCAGGUAGUUUAUGUGCCCUCACAUCUGUUUCACAUGCUAUUUGAGUUGUUCAAGAACUCAAUGAGAGCGACAGUGGAACUAUAUGAAGAUAGAAAAGAGGGCUACCCAGCUGUUAAAACCCUUGUUACUCUGGGUAAAGAAGACUUAUCCAUUAAGAUAAGUGACCUAGGUGGUGGGGUCCCACUACGAAAAAUAGAUCGUCUUUUUAACUACAUGUAUUCAACUGCUCCGAGACCUAGCCUGGAGCCUACGAGAGCCGCGCCGCUGGCUGGAUUUGGUUACGGCUUGCCAAUUUCUCGUCUGUAUGCUAGAUAUUUUCAAGGAGAUCUAAAACUCUAUUCUAUGGAAGGCGUGGGUACUGAUGCUGUCAUUUAUUUGAAGGCUCUUUCAAGUGAAUCAUUUGAGAGACUUCCAGUUUUUAAUAAGUCCGCAUGGCGCCAUUACAAGACCACACCUGAAGCUGACGAUUGGAGCAAUCCCAGCAGCGAACCCAGGGAUGCUUCCAAAUACAAGGCGAAACAGGACAAGUUCAAGACUAACAGAACUUUGUAAAGAACUGAAUGCUUCGGUCCUCUCCAUGAAGAAAAGAUGGUCUUCUGCAAGUCACCCAGAAAGAACUCCUUUCCUCCACCAACUCUGCGUGUGGCACUAUAGUUAAUCCAGUGUUUGAAUGUGUAUUUGCUCUCUGUAUGAGGUGGACCUUUUCCACAGAAGUUUCCUGUAGCUACUUCAGAUCUUCCACUAAAGUAGUAACUUGAGUCAUUUUUCGUAGUACGUUGCCGUGGUUUGGUUGGCGCCUGUCAUAAGGGGACACAGAACCUCGUUAGCACUCGCCUCCUCAUACCUCUGUCCUCGUUAUCAUAGAGUGUCUGCAGUCUCCCCAGGUUUCUCAGCUCCCUCCCCACUGCGGAUACAGCCGAUCUCUACUGUUGCUCUUUGUGACCAAAUACCAUGUUUGUCCCAAACCACCAGCUAAGGCCUGAGGAGUCCGGAAGUUGAGGACGUCAGCUUAGCAUGUCUUGAUAAUUCGGUCCCUGGGCCCUUCCUUUCUCUUAUGCGUCCCUCCUCACUCUCUGAUUUAGACUUUGGCCUUCUUCCAUCUGACCGGAUUCUCAUUGUGAGGUAUGGGUAGUUUCGUGUUAGAUCUUCCUCUUGGAUGCAUAGGUUUUAUUUUGAAAUUCAUUUGUAUACUUCCAUUCUGUCAAUUAAAGCAUUCCAAAAGUUG